UCAGGGAUGCAAACCAUAUCCUAUGGAAAUGCCCUAUGCAUGUGAAUGGAACAGAGAAAAUGAUAACAAGCUGUGCUGUAACGAUUGAACAUUAAACUACCACCAAUCUCGUAGUAGAGAAUGUGCAAAACUCGUAAAGAUAUAUAAACACAUUUAUCAAAGUGACGAAAGUUUUGGUUUUAAAAACAUCGAAAUGCAUAACGCUUACGAGGAAUCGUCGAUAUUGAACAUCACUGUCCAAAUAGAAUCGAUGGCUGCAUAUGAUGACAAUUUACUGAUUGGGACGAGGGAGGGUCAUCUCCUCAUGUACAACGUACCCUCUGUGCCAGACGAACAUCACAAAUUGGAGUUACUAAGGCAUAGUAAAAAUUUUAACAAGAAGCGUAUCACUCAGAUAGAAGUAGUGCCAGAAUAUAAUUUAUUGAUCAUUUUAACAGAUAAUAUAGUAUGCGUUCACGAUUUAAACUCUCCGAAUUUUCAACAAGUUUGCCAGCUGCAAAAGACUCGUGGUGCUAUAUUAUUCGCUUUAGACGUACAGUCGACCCAGAGUCUGACUGGUGAAAAGAAUACGGUCGUACGGUUGUGCGUUGCCGUGAAACGUAAACUGCAAUUGUAUUAUUGGAAAGGUAAAAAAUUUGUCGAGUUCAAAGAUUUCGAAUUGACUAUACCAGACAUACCACGUGAAUUAUGCUGGUGUGGAGAGGCGUUAGUCUUGGGUUUCCGCGGUCUGUCGUACACUAUCUUGGAUCUAAAUGGAAAGACCAAAGAACUGUUCCCAACUGGAAAGUCUCCCGAACCGAGCGUCACCAAAUUAUCCGAUUCGUCGUUCGUAUUGGGAAAGGAUUCUCAGUCUUUCGUAAUGGACACCAAAGGGGAAUUGGUCCAGCAUAAUCCAGUAAAAUGGACCGAUAUACCGAGCGCGAUAGGUAUACGCAAUCUUCUGUUCCAAUACGCCUUUCAAUGGAAUUGUAUUUCAGCUUGGGACGAUCCUUACUUGCUCGGAAUUGUACACGAUAAAUUGGAAGUCUACACGAUAGACGGUUGCCUCCACAUACAAACCAUAAAAGAUUUGAACAAAGCCAGGCUCAUAUACAGAUGUAGACAGGGAAAAGUUUUCGUAGCUUCUACCAGUCAUAUCUGGUGUGUGAGGGCGGUGGACGUGACGCUUCAAAUCAGGACGUUACUCGAACAAACCCAGUUUCAACUAGCACUGAAACUGACCAGUUUAUCGGACGUGUCCGAGGAAGAGAAGACGAAACAAAUAUACAAGAUUCAAACGCUGUACGCUCAUCAUCUGUUUCGUAAUAAAAGAUUUCAAGAAGCGAUGGACCUGUUCUUGAAACUGGGGACAGACCCGUACGAAGUGAUAAUGCUGUUCCCCGAUCUGGUCACGCCGUCGGUCAACAACGAGGUCAGCGAUCAAACCGAGUUGCCGAAACUCCAGGAUCACGAUUUGGAAAAGGGUCUGCGCGCGUUAAUCGUUUUCCUCACGGAGGUGCGACACAAAUUGAUGAGCGACAACACCUCCAAAGGAAACGGAAGGCCGAAGGAAAACGGCAAAGAUAAGAGCCUGUUGCUGCUGAUGGAAGGAGAAAAGAACAUGACAGCGGUAGCCACGGAGCAGUUGUUAAAAAUCAUAGACACGACUCUGUUAAAGUGUUAUUUGCAGACUACCGACGCACUAGUAGCUCCGUUGCUUCGACUGAAUCACUGUCAUUUAGCGGAAGCUGAGAAAACGUUGUUAAUGCAUCAAAAGUAUCCCGAGCUCAUUAUACUGUACCAAACCAAGGGGCAGCAUAGAAAAGCGUUGGAGCUUCUCGAGAAACACGCAAAGGAGAAUGAUUCUAGUCUGAAGGGCACUGCGAGAACGAUACAGUACUUACAACACCUCGGCAAAGAUCACAUGGACUUAAUCCUGAAAUUCGCUGGCUGGGUCUUGAACGAAGAUCCGGAACAAGGACUCAGAAUUUUCAUGGAGGACAUACAGGAAGUUGAACAAUUACCAAGGCCGAAGGUAUUGGAUUAUCUUCUCCGCUCUCACAAGGAUCUAGCCAUAACGUAUUUGGAGCACGUGGUACACGUUUGGGAAGACACCAAUCCCUUGUUCCACAACGUUCUGAUACACCAGUACAAAGAGAAAUGUUUGACGUGUUUGAGCGAGGAUGCCACGCCGGCCGAGAAGCAGAUGGCUCAACACGUCAGACAGAAAUUGCAACAGUUCCUGGAGAAGUCCGCUCACUACACCCCAGAAACGAUACUGGUGCAUUUUCCGUUCGACCGCUUGUUCGAGGAACGUGCGAUUAUCCUCGGACGUGUCGGAGGGCAUCAGCAGGCUCUCUCGAUAUAUAUUAACCUUCUCAACGAUGUACAAAAGGCGACCGAGUACUGUCACAACGUCUACACUGCGUAUCAUCAAAACCAUCGAGAAAAUGCAGAUAAACAAAAACAGUCGGACGGUGGAGCUGAUCAAGUGUAUGUGCUGCUUAUUCAACAGCUGUUGACUGAACCCGAACAACGAGCGGCGACAGGAUGUGGUAGCCCAGAAAUUCAAAGAACGGCGCAACCCGAUUUGGAAAUGGCGCUUCAGCUGCUCGAGAAACACGCGUCCAAGAUAAAUCCGUUAAAGGCGCUGGAAGUUUUACCGGAUACAGUUCCUAUAGGUAGGAUAAAACACUUUUUGGAAGUGAGCUUGCAGGAGAAAUUGAACGCGAGGAGGCGGAUACAAGUAUUGAAGGGUUUGCUGUGCGCCGAACACUUGCAAGUGCAGGAGCAGCGUAUGCAUUACGAAUCGCAGAGCGUUCUCAUGACGGAGUUUAAUAUAUGCCCAGUGUGCAAGAAACGAUUUGGCAAUCAAAGCGCGUUCGCGAGAUAUCCAAACGGCGAGAUUGUCCAUUAUUCGUGCCAGGAUCGCAAGGGAUAAGCCAGAUUGCAAUUUCAUAUGAUCGAGACUUUCACUCGUACCAUGUAUAUAAAUGUACACAUGUUUCCUCGUCCUAUUUAUAUAUACACUGUGAUCUACUCUACAUACUGUUUAACAUUAAAGUGAUUUAAAUCGCUGUUCAUUCGAGCAUCAGUUGUAUAAUAAAAUUGUAAUAAAAAAAAAAGUAUCCAGUCA